ACAGCCAUUUUCUCUGCCUCUCGCGCGCUCUGUUUCAGUGUUUCACGUCUGUGGAGGCUUAAGGGAGUGCCUUCGUUUGCUCUCCCUCCGUUCAUUUCAGUUAACAAUCUUAUUCUUGGACAUUGUGAACUUUGAAGACUUGUCAAGAUGGUGAAGUUUACAGCCGAGGAGCUUCGUAGGAUUAUGGACUACAAGCAUAACAUUCGUAAUAUGUCUGUUAUUGCUCACGUUGAUCAUGGAAAGUCGACACUCACAGAUUCUCUUGUGGCUGCUGCGGGUAUCAUUGCACAAGAAGUUGCUGGUGAUGUGCGGAUGACAGACACUCGCCAAGAUGAGGCAGAGCGUGGUAUCACCAUUAAAUCUACUGGCAUCUCCCUCUAUUAUGAGAUGUCUGAUGAAUCAUUGAAAAGUUACAAGGGAGAGAGACAGGGAAAUGAAUAUCUCAUCAAUCUUAUUGAUUCACCUGGACAUGUUGACUUCUCAUCUGAGGUUACAGCUGCUCUACGUAUUACUGAUGGUGCCCUUGUUGUGGUGGACUGCAUUGAAGGUGUUUGUGUCCAAACAGAGACCGUGCUUCGUCAGGCUUUGGGAGAGAGGAUUAGACCUGUCUUGACUGUUAACAAGAUGGACAGGUGCUUCCUUGAACUUCAAGUGGAUGGAGAAGAGGCUUACCAAACAUUCCAGAGGGUUAUAGAGAAUGCUAAUGUGAUUAUGGCCACAUAUGAAGAUCCCCUUCUUGGUGACGUGCAAGUGUACCCAGAGAAAGGAACAGUUGCUUUCUCUGCUGGUUUGCAUGGUUGGGCGUUUACCCUGACUAACUUCGCAAAGAUGUAUGCCUCCAAGUUUGGAGUAGAUGAGUCAAAGAUGAUGGAGAGACUUUGGGGUGAGAAUUUCUUCGAUCCUGCAACCAAGAAAUGGACCAGCAAGAACACUGGCUCUGGAACAUGCAAACGUGGAUUUGUCCAGUUCUGCUACGAACCUAUCAAGCAGAUAAUUGCAACUUGCAUGAAUGAUCAGAAGGAUAAGCUAUGGCCAAUGUUGCAGAAGCUUGGAGUUGUCAUGAAGUCCGAUGAAAAGGAGUUGAUGGGUAAAGCACURAUGAAGCGUGUGAUGCAAACAUGGCUUCCAGCUAGCACYGCCCUCUUGGAAAUGAUGAUCUUUCAUCUUCCUUCCCCUGCAAAGGCCCAAAAGUAUCGUGUUGAGAAUUUGUACGAGGGUCCACUAGAUGACGCUUAYGCUAGUGCCAUUAGAAAUUGUGAUCCGGAGGGACCUCUUAUGCUUUAUGUCUCAAAAAUGAUUCCUGCAUCAGACAAGGGUAGAUUCUUUGCCUUUGGUCGAGUCUUUUCUGGGAAAGUUUCAACUGGUUUGAAAGUUAGAAUCAUGGGUCCAAACUAUGUUCCUGGAGAAAAGAAAGACCUGUACGUGAAGAGUGUCCAGAGAACUGUCAUUUGGAUGGGAAAGAGGCAAGAAACGGUGGAGGACGUGCCUUGUGGUAA